AUGGCAUGCGUCCUGCACCCCGGCGUGCUCUACGCCUCGGGCUUGCACACGGUGGCCACCUGCAGCCGCCUCUGCCGGCAGGCCCACGAGGCAGCAUGCCAGGGCGACCUCUGGCAGUUCCGCACCGUCGCCACCUGUCAGCGUUGGAACCUGCAGCCCAAGCUUCCGCGGGGCACCGGCAAGGCCCGGGGAGCGUGGCAGAAGCACUUCCUGCAGCUGACGCGCCCUCGCUGUGACGGAGUCUACGUGUCCGAGUGCGGGUUCCAGCGCUGGCUCCGGGUGGGUCACCACUCAGACCUCCGGAAGAACGCUGCGCAGCUGGCGGCUUACGGGGGCCGCGGCGGCCAGUCGGAGUGGGUGGGCUACCGCCGCUUCCUGCGGUUGCUGCCGCCCCAGGACGGCUGCCAUGCGCUGGUUCUGAUAGAUCCGUGCCCUCGUGAUGUCGCCGAAGCCGUGCUCGUGGAUGGCGUCGACCUUGCCACACACCGCAACCCCGCCAGAUCGGAAGGUGUUCCAGAGGGAGCUGUGCCCAACGCCCACGACGCGGAUCGCAUCCGGAAGCGGAUUUGCGUGGGUACCUACAGCUUUAGCCAGGAGGGAGCCAUGGUUCACGUCCGCUACACCGCCACGGACGGGGAGUACCGCCUCACCUUCUCGCUCAAGCAUGGGCCCAAGGUUUGCUCGGAUUGCCUCACCUGGGAAGAGUACGAGCUGCACGACCAUGGCAACCAGGAUAUUGUGCCUUUCAAUUUGGGCCGCCUGCCCGAGUGGAAGGGCGGAGGCUUGGAAGAUGAGAACAAGGACCACUUUCCGCAGAUGAAUUUUCGGCCAAAGCUGGCCCUAGAGCACUUGGCAUAG